UUUUUAUUAUUAUUCUUUUUAUUAUUUAUUUUUGUUAUUUCAUUGAUUGAUCUUUUUAUAUAUAAUGGCAACAAAUAAUAACCAAUCCAUUCCACUUUAUCGUAACCCUCAAAAACCAAUGCCACUUCAACAACCUACAACUAUUUCUGCUAAAUCAUUAAUGCAUCAUACACUUCAUCCAGAAUUUACUGAAAAGUAUGUCCUUGGUCAAGAAUUAGGUAGUGGAGGGUUUGGCUUUGUCGUGUCUGCCUAUGAGCGUGAAACAGGUAUCGAACGCGCUGUCAAGUUUAUUAUUCGUAAAAAGGUGCCUAGCAGUGCCUGGGUUCAUGAUCCAGAUAUGGGCCCUAUACCUCUCGAGAUUUAUGUUUUGAAGCAUGUGCGUCAUCCUAAUAUCAUUCAGUACUGCGAUUCCUACCAGGAUGACAUCUUUUUCUAUUUGGUCAUGGAACUUCACGGCACACAAUGGACAGCCGAGUCACCCACGCACUCACCCGCUCUCUCAGAGAAUUCACAGUCAACAAUCGAAGAAGAGGAAGACGAAAUUGAGCCUAGUCCAAGACAGUUUGUCCGUCGUACUUCCUGUGAUCUGUUUGAGUGCAUUGAACAGCAUAAAUACUUUGAAGAAUCAAAUGCACGAAAGAUAUUCAAGCAGAUUGUUGAAUGUGUUGCCCAUCUCGACAAUCUCGGUGUCUGUCAUAGGGAUAUCAAGGAUGAAAACAUUGUGAUUGACCAAAACUUUCAGGUCAAAUUAAUCGACUUUGGUUCUGCCGUCUUGAUCCCUCGUCAUGCCAACAAGAAACUCUUUACACGAUUUUACGGCACAGUUUCAUAUGCUUCACCUGAAAUUCUGCUACAGAAACCUUAUCGCGCAGAACCAGCAGAUAUUUGGUCAUUGGGUAUCUUGCUUUAUACAUUGCUAUUUGGUGAAAUUCCAUUUCCUGAUCCAAAAUCGGCCAUUUCUGGUCCUAUUCUUAAGCCGAAACACAGAGUAUCUAUGCAGUGUAAGCACUUGAUUGCUUCUUUGCUAGAAAAAGAUCCCGAUCAAAGACCAACUAUUCAUCAAGUGUUGAACCAUGCUUGGCUAAAUCAAGAAUAAGUAUGAUCAUUUAUGAUUCUCUAAUACCCUUCCUCUAUAAUGCAUUUCUUUUUCACUCUAUUUUCAACUCCUAAUUAUACCUUAUUACUGCAUUUACUUACCCCCUUUUUAUUUUUUGCAUGUUUAAGUUUAUACAUACACAUUUUUUUUAUAUACACACAAAAAGUAAUUCUUUUUUUCUUAGGGCCUUAUUAUGUAAAUUUACUAUAAUCUGUAUUAUGACACCCCUUUUUUUAUUGUUACGUUAUUUUGGCAUGCCAAAUAAACACUAUGUUAUAAUCUUGAUAACACUUGUUAUUAUUACAUAAUGGUUUCUUUUUAG